CAUGUCGUGACCGCGGGUACCUAGAUCAUUGGGCAUGAUUGAAAGUAGCAUCAGGUGGUCAUAAAGAUUAUGUCAGCACACUGUGCUUGGAGACGGAUCGCUCUAUGCUAGCAUCCGCGGACGACACAUGUCUCCAUGGAUGCAGAAAAGGCAUGGAGGUCUGUGGUAGCUUUAGCAUGGCAGCUAGCGGUGGAGAUGCAGCCUCAGUAUCUCGUUCCCGACGACGUCACACCUCCAGUGCCUCUUGGGCGAUCCUUUUGCUCGUCCAUGCCACCUUCGACAUAUCAUGCCUCCAGCUGCUAGUGCUUGCUUCCUGUGCUACCUCCAGCGGUGCCAAUGAGGAGGUGGCUCAUAGUUCCGAAUUGCGACGCGUUUUUAUCGAUCGCGUCUUCGGUGGCAGAGACAUUCUGCGAGAUCGACCUGUCAAUCACGUUUUAGAAGCCGAAAAAAACGCCACCCUGCCAGAGGAUGUUUUGGACCGCUUCAGCGAUGGUGGCUGGCAGACGCAUCUAACAGAAGCCGAUCUGGAACUCGUCACCUACGCUGCUACCAGAGCACCUGGAGGUAAGACUCGGCCGAUAAAGUUCUGGCUAGAGCUAGGGUCGUUUCGAGGGCAAUCCUGCUUGAAGACUGCGCGGUUUCUGAAGGACAACGAGGAAUUUGAGGGCGACGGCGAUUUGUGGAAGCAACUAGCGAAAGAACAGCAGCUGUAUUACAAGGCACGCGAUAGAGUUCUUGGACGACGCGUUCCAGUACAACACGAAGAAAAUCAGAGCCCGAAUGACGAGGUGCUAAAACAAGAUGGAGAUCGAGAUUUGUCUACCACCUGGAGACCCUUUACACAGGAAGCUGAUCGAGACCAGUUCAUGGUUUUGUGCGUUGAUUCCUUCGUUUUCGGUAGCUCCUUUGUCUCUACCUUGGUGCAGGAUCUGGAAGGCGGACCACCAAAAGACGACGCUGAAGACCAGAUAAAGCACGAAGAAGAGGAAGCUGACAAUACCAAAAUUCUGGACCGCAUGCUUUUCAAAGACGGUGCGAGUAAAUUAUUGGACCAGUUUAUACUGAAUGUGCGACAUCAGGGAUUACAAAAUGUCAUCGCAGUAUGGCCACAAACAACACUUUCAGCGCUGAGGUUACUGGGGAAAAGUCCUGCGAGUUUACCGACACUGUUGGAAGAUGGACUUGCGAGUACCGUGGAUCCUCCGAUGCAAUGGGUCAACGAACUCAAUCGGCCUCAAGGCAAUAAUUAUAAUAUCAAUAAUCGUGGAAAAAAUAAAGCUGCACGUCGUCGAAGAGACAGAGCGGGAAACGUCGAACGGUCGCCAUCCUAUGUUGCCUCAUCGUCAUCUCGUACAGUGACAGCUAGCAGCAGCAGUGCGGGAGACGAAAUAGAUCGCCUUUCUCCUUCGAAGGCCAACUCUUGGGGGCUUCUCGGGUUAUCAGAGGGUGGCGCAGACGUCAUCUACCUAGACGCGAGUCAUUUGCGCGAUGAAACGCUGAUGGAGUUAGAGCACUGUUGGCAAGUGCUUAGACCUGGAGGCAUUUUAUUCGGCGAUGACUGGUCACUGGAAGAAGUGGCAGAAGACGUGUUGAAAUUCGUGGAAAUGCUCAACUUGGCGCAAUUGUACGAGGACGAUCCAGUGGAGUGGAGGAGGCGAAAUAACGUUAGGGUUGGAGGUUCCACGGAAUCGGCUUCGGAGACGAUGAAGCGAGAAGGAGGAGAGGAAGAAGGAAAGCAGGACAUGAUAACUGGUUCAGGUAAAAAGAAGCUUUAUAUCGCUGAUCAACAUCUACUUCAAGAGGCAAAGCCUCUACCCGGUCCACUUCAACGCUUACCUCAUUUGCGCGAGUUGAAUGAGGCUGACCACAGGAGAGAAAAACGGAUGAAACUCUUGUUACCAGAAAACGACAAGGGGUUUUUCGCUAAUGAAGAAAUGUUCCGCGAAAAAAACAUGCCUUGGUUUUAUCGACGUGCGAACUUCACCAAGAGCUUCGGAAAACUAGACCUCAACUGGUUCCCGCACCAGUUCUACCGGAAGCGUGUGGCAAUGCUUCGCCCGGGAUUGUUCGUGUCGAGGGAUACUUUUCUUAUGAUGAUGAAAUGUAAAUCUUCUAGCCCCGUAGUUUGCAUUGCUGCAUUACAACCUCUUGUACCUAAAUUUCUCUAGACUUGUACCUAUUUGUGUAAACCCUGAUUUAGAAUUACACCUAUUGAUGUAGACGACCCUGAUUUUUUAGAAUUACCAGGCAGCAUUGGUUGUAACGAAGGAAUCUAAUAGAUACAUAGUGAUUAUGAUCCACACCCAUAGCACAUGAUCGAUCCCAUGUAUUUGCUCUAAUCCAAAGUGGUUCCUGAGAAAAGGGGACCCACUAGAAGUCGCAGAACGACGUCGCACGCGGUACGAAUUGGUAACUCCUGCUUUUGCCCCUUUUGACAGAACGAACAUGGAGUUCGUCGAAUCUGCGGAGAAGAGUCCGGCGUUUUUUAACCCAAUGCCGCCAGCUCUCCGACUACGGACAUGGGUACAAGGCAUGUUCUAUGAGAGCGACUUCUUCGACGCGUAUAAAUCCGGAGUCAUGCCUGCUGAUAGCGAGACGAACUUCAAUAUGAAGUUGUGUUUCAUGGGUACUUCAACUGACUCUUAUUUAAUGUUGCUUGUUUUUAUAUCUUUUACUCUCUUUGUUCUCUGUCUCUCGACUCUCGUGGUCGUCUUCGAAAUAAUUUUGAUACUUUCAGUUGUCAUCAAGUAGACAUGUGGUUGUAGAGGCGUUUGCGGAUGAUCAGUUGCAAUGCAUCAACUACAACGAUGUAGCAACCACUACAUCUCAACAGGUAUGUCCACAGAAAAGCUCUCGGGAUGGCGUCGUAGCUGCUGUCAAGAUUGGUCGGAAGCGAACAAAGAGUGCUGGGACAUUGUGUAUCACCCGAAACAUUGCUGUUUUCCACAGCUGCACAACUCCUUGGAAUACCACGAGCAACUAGGACCCGCACAGGUUCAGUUGACGGUGGAUCGGAUUCGGUAAGUAGAACGAGUAGCUUCCUGAAGCUUGUCCUAGAAGUUGGUUCAUGUGUUCCUGUAUUUUAACGAUUAUGACGCAAAUUAUAGUUCUUGAUAAACUGUUUGAUGACCGACGCAAAUAAAAAUGAAUCGAUUUCGAUUUGAUGUGCGCGCUUGUUGUUACAACAUCCGAUAAAAGCCAGGAACUCUCCUGUCCUGUUGCAAGCAGGUUUAUUACACGUGGUCUUGGGCUCCUCUUACAGCAGCGGUCGUGACAUCGUAGACGUAGAUGU